GCGCCUUGGGACGGGGGGGCGCGGGCCCCCCGGGCGGCCGCGGCCACUCCCCUCCCCCGGGGCCGGCGCGGGGGAGGCGGAGGAUGGAAACACCCUUCUACAGCGAUGAGGCGCUAAGCGGCCUGGGCGGCGGCGCCAGCGGCACCGGCGGCGGUGGCUUCGGGUCCGCGGGCCGCCUGUUCCCCGGGGGACCCCCGACGACGGCGGCAGCGGCCGGCAGCAUGCUGAAGAAGGACGCGCUGACGCUGAGCCUGAGCGAGCAGGUGGCGGCGGCACUCAAGCCCGCGGCCGCGCCGCCCCCAGCCCCCCUACGCGCCGACGGCGCCCCAGGCGCGGCGCCCCCCGACGGCCUGUUAGCCUCGCCGGACUUGGGGCUGCUCAAGCUUGCCUCGCCCGAGCUCGAACGGCUCAUCAUCCAGUCCAACGGGCUGGUUACUACCACGCCGACCAGCACGCAGUUCCUCUACCCCAAGGUGGCGGCCAGUGAGGAACAGGAGUUCGCCGAAGGCUUCGUCAAGGCGCUGGAGGACCUACACAAGCAAAACCAGCUGGGCGCCGGCGCCGCGGCCGCCGCCGCCGGGGGCCCCUCGGGGGCGGCCGCGGCCUCGGCGCCUCCCGGCGAGCUGGCCCCCGCAGCACCGGCGCCUGAGGCGCCCGUCUACGCGAACCUGAGCAGCUACGCGGGCGGCGCGGGCGCGGCCGGGGGAGCCGCCACAGUGGCCUUCGCCGCCGAACCUGUGCCCUUCCCGCCGCCGCCACCGGGCGCGCUGGGGCCGCCGCCGCGCCUGGCAGCGCUCAAGGACGAGCCGCAGACGGUGCCCGAGGUACCGAGCUUCGGCGAGAGCCCGCCGCUGUCGCCCAUCGACAUGGACACGCAGGAGCGCAUCAAGGCAGAACGCAAACGGCUGCGCAAUCGCAUCGCCGCCUCCAAGUGCCGCAAACGUAAGCUGGAGCGCAUCUCGCGCCUCGAGGAAAAAGUGAAGACGCUUAAGAGCCAGAAUACGGAGCUGGCGUCCACCGCCAGCCUGCUGCGCGAGCAGGUGGCGCAGCUCAAGCAGAAGGUCCUCAGCCACGUCAACAGCGGCUGCCAGCUGCUGUCCCAGCACCAGGUGCCCGCGUACUGAGCCCGCGAGCGGGGCGCAUGCGCGGCCCCCAACCCCGAGGGGCGGGCUCGGGGGGGGCGUGGGCGCCCCGGACUCGGGAAGGGUGCGGCCCCUAGGAGCCCCCGAGGGCGCACGGGACUUGGAGAGGGCGCGGUCCCUGGGACCUCCCGAGGGUGCGCAGGACUUGGAGAGGGCGCCCCGGAAUCGACAAGCUGGACCCCCUGCUCCCGGGGGGCGAGCGCAUGACCCUUCGCCCUCGCGCUGCCUCUGUACCCCGCGAGUGGCCGCCCCGUGUUGCACAAACCUGCGUGCCCCGGCCGCCUCUUUGUACACCACCGCGGACGGGGAUUCCGCUGGGGCGCAGCCGCCACUCUGCGUUCCCUUUUCUUUUACUUUUUUUUUUGCCCUUGGAAGAGAGAAAAACAGAGUGUUCGAUUCUGCCCUAUUUAUGUUUCUAUUUGGGAACAAACGUUGGUUGUGUGCGUGUGUGUUUUCUUGUGUUGGUUUUAUAAAGAAAUGGGAAGAAGAAAAAAAAAAAAAAACUCCCCACUCCCUCUUCGCGCUUUCGCUCUCUCCUUCCGUCCUCCUGACACCUUCCCCCGUUUUUUGUUCUGUUUUUUUGUUUUGCUAGGAGUCCACAUUCCUGUAUGUAAUCUUUGGUUCGCCCGGUUUUCUGUUUUCAGUAAAGUCUCGUUACGCCAGCUCGGCUUUCCGCCUCCUCCUUCUUCCCCCGCUGGGGCCUGACGGGUGGGGCCUGGCCCGCACCCCUGCCCUCCCUUCCCCCGGCCUUCCUUACCCUUCUACGGGUCCCUGCCUCCUCCCUGUUGGGGGCGGGGAGCGCACAUCUGUCGCGCAGCGAGCGCCAUCUAGGCGUGCCUCGACGCAGGCCGGUUGAUGUCAGGCGCGGCGAGGGUAGGGGAUGCCUUGGGGUCUUUGACCAGCGUUUGCAACUAGGGACCCCCUCAGGUGUCGUCCCCUUUGCCUUUUGUGGCGAGGGGAUUUAGUGAUGGAAAGGGGACAGCGCCAGCUUGAGGGAGAAAGGAAGAGGCAGGAAGUUCUCCAGCCUGUUUAUCGUGGUGUCUGUAAAGUGGGCACAACAAUCGGAAACUUGCCCCAGGAGUUUGUGAGGAUUGAGGGAGCUUGUUUUUACAAAGAGGAUCUCUGGUGGUGCAGUGGUGAAGCGCUCUCUGCUAACCAAAAGGUCUCUGUUGGAAUCCACCACCCGCUCUGUGGGAGAAAGAUGUGUCAGUUCUCUUGCAUCAAGAUUACAGCCUUGGGAAUCCCACGGGGCAGUUCUACCCUGUGCUACAGGAGACUUGAAUGCAGUGGAUUACAUUUACAAAGCAGCACUUUGCAUACAGUAAGUGCUCAGUAAAUGUUAGCUUUUCUUAUUGUUUGGUGAGUGGGGAAACAGGUUCAGGAAGGGAAAGUGAGUUGCCCUGGACUGGAAGGGCUGUGGCACAGGUGGGAUCCCACCCCACGUGGUUGGGCACCAACUAGGAGCUCAGGAUCUUACAAGUGUCUCUGAAGCCCCUCACGAUGUUUUGUUCCCCCAACUUUGAAGAAACCAAGGUUCAGAAAGAAGCAACUGGCUUGAGGUCACACAGCAUUUUUAAGGGAUUGUGCAAGGCUUUUUGAGCCCUAGGCUUCUCAAUUCCAGAGCCUGGAUCACCAGGCUGUGUGCCUCCUCCGCCCGUUCCGGCCUCUGCUGGGGUGGGGGUGAAGGAUCCCAAACCUUGGCUUUCUGACUCACCUGGGACCCAGAAGAAUUUGAGCAUAUUGGCCCUGUCUAAUAGAGAGGUUGUAGUAUAUGGCCAACAGCAUGUGUUGAAUGCCAACUGUGUGCCCAGCCUUAAGAAGGUGAGUGAGCUAUGCCCAUUUUACAGAUGAGAAAACUUUGAGGUCCAAAGAUGGGCUCUCUUCUGCCUGGUACUUCUGGCCAUCCUGGCUGCCCAAUUCUGGAGGCUUUGAGAGUUUUAACCUUGUGUGCACCAACAUUGGGCACACUCAUGUCAGGAGGCCAGUGAGGUGUGUCUUUACAUAAGACCGAGAACCACUUUUUAGCAACAAAACUUUACGUGUCCAGAAACUGAGUCCUAGUUUAAGUGCCAGUUUGUCACCACAGGACAUCAGCCAAGGUCUCUUCUGACUUCUACCUUCUAUUUUGUAAAAUGGAUACAUUUUCUGCAGAGGUGACAUCUCCCAGGUCAGAAGAUAGAGCUGUCAACAAGUGCUUGGGGAUGAAACAUAACAGUACUAGUAACAACCAGCAACCGUGCCCUGUGCGGCAGGCGAUGCUGGUACCCCCGUUUAUAGAGAGAGAGAGCCCAGAGAGCUUGCCAGACUUGCCUGACACCCUGCUAAGUUGCAGAGUAGGGACUGGAACCCAGGCCUGUGCCCCGGCCAUCUCUCAACCACAAAGGGGGUGCUCUUCUCACCAUGAUUUGUUGGCACUUACCAGGUACACCCCUUGAUGGCAAGCCAGGGAGGUGCCUGGUCUGAUGGGAAAGCCGGGCCUGCAGGAGCUGUGAUGGGAGGGGCUUUCCUGAAACCGUAGAUCUGACCCUCAUUUGAAACCCUAGAAAAAGCCCUUGACUACACCAGGGCCUGGGCAGGCUGAGGUCUGUCUCCCUCCAGGCAGGACUCUUCCCCUAAACAAAUUCUAUUUCCUUCUCUCAGGGCCUUUGCACAGCUGCCACCCAGCUGAGCUCAACCUCCAAGCCUCAGCUGCACACAACCUCCUCCGAGGCCCCUCCCUGACUGCUUCGGGUUUAUGUGGGGUGGUACUUCUCGAGGUCCCACAGCGCUCUGUGCCUACCCACCUACAUAUUGUCCUGACCAUUGGGGUUUGGGUCCGUCUCCCCAGGCAUAUGGACCAGGUCUGUCUGAUCAAUGCUGAGAUAGAUUGAAGAACAAAAUCCCCUACAACUCUCAGGUCCCUAGGUGGGAAAUCCAGGAGGGGCAGGGCUUGCCCUAAGCCACACCGGUGGGGAGUGGGGAACUGGAGCCAGACAAGUGUUCAGAAGACUGAGAGUUUAUGCAGAUGGGGGCCCGGCGCCCCUCCUGGCUUCCUGCUCUAGGGCAAGGCGCCCUCCAGCGGCCCCCUGGGAGUCUUUUGGCCGGACCCUGCUGAGCUGAAGCCAAGGUGUGUGUCAGCCCUGGCCCAGCCAGCAGUGACUCAUGCAGGGCCCCAGCCCAGCCCUGGGAGGUGACCUGGGGCAGUGGCCUUGCUUCCCCUCCAGGGCUGGAGCUCAGGGUCUGUGCCCACUUGCUCUGGGGAGGCCCCAUUCUCAGAGCUGUACAUAGAUACCUAACCCCACUUUUUAGGAUGUAAAUCAGAACUUGUUCCUCCCUUGUUCUAAGCCCUCCCCUGACUUCCCAGCACCCUCUCAAUAAAACCCGAAGUCCUGAAAUCCCCUCCUAGGCCAGAGGCACACUGCUCCCCGCCCUCCUGUCCCUCACCUCCAGCCACACCCUUCUUGUCUAGGCUGUGUAGUCAUGCCCAGCUUGUUCCCACUUCAAGGCCUUUACAUGGGCUGUGCCCUCCGCCUAGGGUGCCCUUUCCCCACCACCCCUUUGUGCUGGCCACUUCUUGCCCUUCAGGCCCCACCUCCCAUGUCGUCUCCUCAGGGGGACCUCCCCAGAAUCAUCUCAGUGGUUUGUGUCCCCAGACCCAGGGCAGGUCAUCAAAUCUCUGAGGGGUGAAAUACUAAGGGAGUUCCCCCACGCACGGAGGAGGAGGUUUUGGGGUUCCCUCUGCAUGUUUUUGCAUGCAGGACCCUAACUUUCUGCUCAGGAUGUACAAGCCAUAGGUAGCACCCCCGACAACACUCAGCCCUGCCCCCCCAACCCUGGUCCCACAUUCUAGAACCCCCUCCCCCGAGGAACCAGCCUGUCGGGCGGGGAUUGGCUGGAAUGUGGGUGCGAGUCACAAAGCCACGGUGACACCAGGGCUCCGAGGCCGGCCAUUCGGGCUGGUGGGUUCAGCAUCGGGGGCAGGUGAGUGGGGUGUGUGGGGAUCCAGGGCAGGGGUCCUGAAGGGGCUGUCAUUCCCCCCUGGUCCCCAGAGUCCUCCUGAGCCCUCCUGGCCUCUGAACAGUGGGUUGGUCCCAACCAUUAGAGCUGGGCAGCUGGGGUCCCUCAAAGCCCAAUGAUGGGUUCAUCCACCUGGUGGGAGUACGUGGUAUCUCUUUGGGAGCCUGGGGACAGUGGUCUUAGCUCAUGUGACAGGCGAGGAAACCGAGGCUCAGCGGGUUUACUCAAAAUCACUGAGUCAGCCACUUGGCUUGAGUGUUCAGGAGACCUCUAUGCCUCCAAAGGGUCUCACUGUGUGGUUGCUGAGGCCUCAGACCCCACGGGCAGAGAUCCGAUCAGGAAGCUUCACUUUCCAAGUCGUAUAGUUUGAGCUCCAUUCCUUCCUUCCUCCAAAAAAUCUGUUGAACAUCUAUAUGCGGGCUGUUCUGUUGCUGUUAGUUGCUGUUGAGCCAGUUCCUACUCAUGGUGACCCCAUGUGUGGAGAGUAGAAUAGAACUGUGUUCCAUAGGAGUUUCCAGUCUGUAACAUUUCAGAAGCGAAUCCCCAGGUCUUUCUUCCAAGGCACCUCUGAGUGAAUUUGAAAUGCCAACCUUUUGGCUAGUGGUUGAGCACUUAACUGUUUGCACCAAUCAGGGACUCCUACACUGUUCUAGGCUCUGGACAUUCAAAAGUCUCCCCCUUUGAGCAGCUCAUCAUCUGAUAGGGGAGGCAAAGAAGAAACCGCAUAAAGAAGGAGGACACAUAGUGUGUUGGCUUCUCUGGGCGUCAAUUUCUUCAUCUAUGAGAUGGGGACAAGGACAGUUCCCAUCUCCAGGGUGGCUGGGGGUUGAGCAGUGUCGCAGCUCGGAGUCGGUCUGCUGUUAAGAUUCAGUCUGCACUGAUGUGUAUUCUGGGUGGACCCAGCCUGCUGACGUCAGGGCUGGGGGUGAAAAACGGGCAGGGGCCUAACAUUCAGACCUUCACAUGGGGGAAGAGAGAAUGUCCACUGUGAAAGGGGAGGCAUAUGGCAUACUGUCUAGGAUGGGGAUCCUCUCAAGCUGAGACCCAAGGGCCCGGUGGGCUUCCGGGGUUGGUUGGGGGGAAGGCAGGGAGAAUGAAGCUGGCAACCGAAUUCGCAUGUACAAACGUCCUGGGGUAGAACCAGUCACAUCCAGUUGAGGCUAGAAAGGAAGUGGAGGUGGGGGGGUGGCUGGAGCAGGGUGGGGAGAAAUGCAGUCCCACUACACUCCCCCAUGAUCACACCACAAUCGCUAUACUAACUGCUUUACGUCUUCCUCACCUGCCUGCCCACGUGGCGUCCCCAGCCCCUGGCACACACACAGUAGGUGCUCAGUAAAUGUUGGUUGAACGAAUCCAUGAGCGUACAGUCCUUGCGGUUCUGUAAUCACGCCUGGCUCAAGCCCACCACAGGGCCUUUGCAUGGGCUCUGCCUUCCACCUGGGGUGCCUUUUCCCCAGCUCUCCGUGGCCAGCUCCUCACCCUUCACAUCUCAGCUCCAAAGUCCCUUCCUUGGGGCGGCCUUCCCAGAAUUAUUUCAGUAGUUUGUGUCCCCAGGCCCAGGGCAGAUCCCAGUACACAGUAGGUGCUCAGCAAAUGCUCAAGGGAUGAAAGUCAUUCCCAAAGUCCCUAUAGUAACAGGUAGAGUGGGCUUCAAGUCAGGACCCAGGAGCGGCAGCUAACUCUGCUGUGUUGGGGUCUCCUAUGGGCAGGGACAGAUUACCCAAUAAGCAAGGUACGAACGGGCUUAAUAGUGCUUAUUUACUAAUCUGUGGUGCACAAUUUUACCUGGUUUUCACCACAUCAAAGUGAAACUGUGCACUACAGAUUAGGAAGUAAGCACAAUUAAGCCCGUGUGUACCAUGCUUACCGUAAACGGGUGCAUACUUUGCUUACUGGCUAAUCUGCCCCUGCCCACGGGCAAACCUUUUCCUGCCUCAGGGUGUUGUGCACUGGGGGAGCCCAUUCUUAGAAUCCCAGCUCCAUUUUCCAGGUGGGGAAAUUGAUUCCUGGACAGGUGUGAGCUUGGCCAAGGCC